AUGCGUUAUGACAAAAACAGCACAAGCGACGAAAAUGAUAUUUACAAUAAUUUUAUCGCUAAUAAAACCCCCGCCCUCAACUCCAAAACCCUCGCCGAACUAGUCGGCAAAAUAAUCAAAGAAGGAAAAGGCACCCUCGUCCGCCUAGGCUCCGACACCCUAGAACUAAAAGAAAGCCAAAACGAGGAACAAAAAGGUCGCAGCCAAGAUGAAACCCCAACAAGUAGAGACGCCAACCGCCAAGAAGUAAGCGACCAAGAUUUACAAGACCUAGGCCUAACCAGAGAGGAAUUUGACCUCCUAAAUACCGCCUUCGCAGAUGAGGCUCAUAUUGCCAACAUAAUUAAAAAACUUGCCUCCGCUAAUCCGGAAAAAGUAGCCGAGAUGUUGGAUCGCAUUCGUUCUACUAGUGAAAAAGACAAAAUAUUUGAGGAACAAGUAAACAAAAAUCCCCGUUAUGGUCCUCCGGGCGAGGAUACGCAAGAUAGGAGAGAUAGAUUUGAGGAAUACGCAAAAGCAAAUGACGAACAAAAAGCCAAUAUGCAAGAAGAAGAAAACGAACGCUUCACCACCGGAGAAAACGCUCGCCAAUGA